GACUUGAGCUUCAUUUCAGACACGAACGACCACGUCACGUGGUAUGCGGCCAGCCGCAUCGACUUUCCUUCACCUCCAACGUCGAACCCCAUUCCUUGUUGUCAUCUCGACACGGAACCCUCCUCAAGAAGAAUAUGUCAGUCGCCUGCCUAUCUAGCAAUAACUGGUCUGCAUGUCCAACGGGAUCGACCAUAGCAUAACAGCUCACUAUCAAAAUGUUCUUUCUAUACUUGCUUUCUCGGCGAUGGAUGUCUGCGUUCGUUCUGCCACCCUGAGACAAGGGAUUGGCUUCUCGAUCGGACGGACAACUAUCGAAAACGGCUCUAUCUGGUGAUUGGAGCAACUGAUGGUAUCAUUCGUGAGUGACUGGAGCGUCGGCGUUUCUCCCGUAUUCCCGAUCAGUUCUGAGAUGGCUCUAAGAACAUCGAGCGAAGGCGCAACGUCGUGUGCAAACAAUAUCCCUCCGGUUUGCAAUACUCACGCAGUGUUGUGAUUCCACGUAUUGCAAAUGGCAUGUAGUUGAUUGCAGGGCUGCUGGGCGGGUCUGCUGAAGAAAUGAUAGACCUGGGGCCUACUCCUUUUGCAUCGGAGUCUCUGCCGUUCUACACCUUGCCGUUUCAUCCUAUAUAAGUCGAUGUACGCCAAGGCACGGCCAUCCAGUCAGCUGUUGCUCAGUUGGAAUUGACAUCCUCUCUACAUGUUUUACCCUGGCUUGACGGUGAAAUAUCCGUGAAUAAUGUGUCAGAAGACCCGGAUAUUAGGAAAUUAGGGAAUUACAGCGCGAUAAAGAAGACAGGGUAUAAAUCGGAUGAUUGAUCCAAAUACUAUGGCUUGCCAUUACCUGCCUGCCUGUUCCUAGCUUUGCUGCUUGCUUCUCGUCUUUGAGCCAUGUCGCGCAUCCUUUUUGCUGGCAUCUUCGCCUCUCGUGUGCUUGGCCAUGGCCAUAUCACCAAUAUCGUUGUGAACGGCGUGUCCUAUGAGGGAUGGAACAUCAACUCCUUCCCUUACAUGGGAGAACCUCCGUUGGUAGCGUCGUGGGGCACGCCUAACACUGGAGGAGGCUUCCCUGAGAACGGCUACGCCGACCCUGACAUUAUCUGUCAUCUUGACGCCGUGAAUGGCAAGGGCUCUAUCCCGGUCACUGCUGGCGAUAGCCUCAGCCUCCAGUGGACCGUUUGGCCUGAGACACACCAUGGGCCAGUGAUCGACUACCUUGCGAACUGCGGCUCGAGCUGCCAGACGGUCGAUAAGACAACAUUGGAGUUCUUCAAAAUCUCCGAAGUCGGGCUUAUCGACGGCUCAUCCGUUCCCGGAUACUGGGCCACAGACGAGCUUAUCGACAACAACAGCGCUUGGCUCGUCCAGAUACCUGAGAACAUCGCACCGGGCAACUACGUCCUCCGCCAUGAGCUGAUCGCUCUCCAUGGUGCGCACACCGAGGGCGGCGCCCAAAACUACAUGCAGUGUAUCAAUCUGCAAAUUACAGGGAGUGGAACGGCUCAGCCUGAGGGGGUUCUCGGCACCGAGCUGUAUACCUCAACUGACCCCGGUAUCCUGGUCGAUAUCUAUAAUCCCUUGACGUAUACCAUCCCUGGACCUAGUCUGAUUGCUGGUGCGACUCCGGCUUCGCAGGCUACUUCUGCAAUCACCGCUACUGGGACUGCUAUCGUUCCUGGUGCCACGGCAUAGGCUUGAGUUAGGAGACGACUGUUGUUGGGUGUGAAUAUUAGGCAGGCGGGUCUGCCUCGCUUUCCUUCGAAAUGUACAUAGUUUGUCGUGUAGUUAGUUCAUGACUGGAAAUCGAAGUGUCUUCCUAG